AUGGCGGAGAAGCUUUUCCAGAAGCCAAAGGUCUACGACCCAACAAUGGCUGAUAGAUCUAUGGUGCCGCCGGCGAAUUCGAGAAUGCAGCAGAAGCAGCAGAUGAUGGACUUGGGCUUUGACGAUGCCAUGCAUCCUGAGAUGGAAGAGAAGUACGGGCAACUUUCCGAACAGCUGGAAGCAGCUCAGGCUCAGCUGCAAGAAGUUCAGGCUGAGCUGACUCGAGCCAGAGGAGACGAAGCGAAGAUGGCCCUGAAGCUGCAAAGCUUCCAGCAGGUCAACCGAUCACAGAAUGCCCUGGUGCGAGGUGAGCUCCAGAAGACAAGGAGAAAGCUGGCCCACAUGCAGUCAGUGGCGCAGCGCCUGAAAGACCAAGCGGCGUGGUUCCAGUCAAAGUCGCCGAACCUUUCGCUCCCAGGAGAACUCCAGGGAAUGCCUACAGAAGAGGAGGCGGUUGAGGAGCAUGCCGAGCUGGCUCAACUUCAUGAGCGUUGGGAGAAGGACGUCGCGCAGCUUGCAGCGGAUUUGGAGGGCAGGCCGAGACCGACGAGCGGUCAGGACACGGGAGACGCACGGACGCGUAUUGAACAGCUUGAGCAGCUGGCAAAGAAGCAGGCCAAGCAGCUCGAUCAGCAGGGGAAGGAGCUGGAGUACUUCAAGGGGGGUGCUCAGGCGUCUCCUUCCUCUUCUGAGACGCUCAGCACAAGUGGCAGUUUCGAAGAGGUUGCAUCGCUCCGGAAGGAUCUUGAAGCAGCCGAAGAGAAGACCAAGGUUGCAGCAUUCAUGGAACUUCGCAUCAAUGGGCUGUCUGGCCUCAUCUGCUCGCUGAAUUGCGAAGGCCACAGCAGCGUUCUGGAUCUUCGGCAUGCAGUGACAGAUGUCAAGACUGGCAUUACUUCGAUGACCGGUAUUCCGGCGGAACAGCAGCAAUUGAUCCACGGUGCUCGGGAGCUCAAAGAUGAAGAAGUCUUGCUCAACGAGCUCCAUGGAUCCUCGCCACUGGAGCUGGUUCUGCUCAAAGAAGAUCCGGUACGCGCCAAGGCCCUGAAAGCAGUCCGCAGCAACGGCUUGAGUUUGGAAGGCCUUCCGGUCCCGCUCUGCCAAGAUCGCGACAUUGUUUUUGCCGCCGUGAAGAACACGGGGUUUGCGAUUGUGCAUGCGGCACCAGAGCUACGCGGCGACCGGGAGAUUGCCUUGACUUCGGUGAGAUGCCGCGGUUUCGUCCUUCGCUACCUCGACAACUCCCUCAAGGCCGACCGGGAGAUUGUGUUGGCAGCAGUGGCAAACGAUGGCUUUGCGGUCCGCCACGCUGCGGAGCCUUUGAAGGCGGACCGCGAGGUCGCCCUGACUGCCGUGCAGACAAACGGAUCGGCGGUGCAGUACAUCAGCACGAGCCUAGCCCAGGACCGAGAAAUAGCGCUAGCUGCAGUGAAUAGCAGUGGUGCAGCCUUGCGAUAUGUGGCGCCGCUUUUUCGCAAAGACCGAGAAGUGGUGCUUGCUGCUGUUUGCAGCUAUGGCCAGGCAUUGAAGUUCGUCCUUGACGAGAACCUGAAGAGGGAUCCAGAGAUAGCCCUUGCCGCGGUCAAGUCGGACUUCGUUGCGUUUCAGCACGUGGCGCCUGUGCUCAAGACAAACCGCCUCAUUGCGUUGGCGGCAGUGAAGCAGAGUGCAAAGAUCUUUGAGAGCCUGCCUGACGUGGUGAAAUCGGAUCGAGAGGUCGCUCUGGCUGCUGUGAGCAAUGAUGGCUUCCUGCUGAAUCGGAUCAACGAGCACCUACAGCAUGAUCGUGACAUUGUGCUGGCAGCCGUGAGCAACAGUGCCGUGCUGGGCUACGCCUGCCCAGCGAUGCAAGAAGACCGAGAGGUCGUCUUGGCAGCUGUUCGACACGAAGGGACCAUGCUGCAAUAUGCCUCAGGCCGCCUCAAGUCUGACGCAGAAGUCGUCCUUGCAGCGGUCAAGCAGAAUGGUUUCGCCGUUGUGUAUGCGGAUGGACAGCUUCGCAGCCGCCGAGAGGUCUUCCUCGAGGCAGUGCGGAGCAGUGGUUCUGUGCUGCAGUGGGCAGCGCCGCAAUUUCGAGAGGAUAUGCAGAUUGCUUUCGCUGCCUUGGCCAGCAAUCCUUCUGCGGCUAUGUUUGUUGCAGAGGCACUGAAGCGAAGGAGAAAGUUCUGGCUGGCAGCCUUGCGCCACAAUAUUGCCGUGGCGGAGUUCAUGCCCAGACGACUGCGUCGAGACCGAGGUCCGGGCGGCCUGGGCGGCCUGGGCGGCCUGAGCGGCAGCCGAGCCGCGCCGACGGACGCCUACAAAAAGCUCGACUCAGAAAAGGGCGAGUUGGAGGACAGGAGCCGACGAAAACACAAGACUUGGUUGCAGCAGGUCGUGGCCAAAGUUCAAGCUGCCAUUGCAGCAGGCGCUGUGUCACGCAGUGUUGAUGCACCUAUCUUGUCUUUUCAUGCCACCUUGGGAGGGAGCGAGCGCACCACCUUGCAGUGCAACCACGUCUUUCACAAGCGCUGCAUCGAGGAGAUGCGCCACUACAGCGCGAGCGACAUCGGAGAUGAUUGUCCCCUUUGCCGACUCAGUGAGUGCCAGCCCGAGUCCGUGGCCAUGAUGCUGGAGCACUCUGGGCUUAGGUACCUCCAGGGUGACAAGGAGGCAAGCACAUGCCUUCUUCGAGAGGCAAUCCGGAGAGACCCGCUCAACGUCCUUGCCAACUACCUCCUUAGCAAGCGCUACAAGACUGGCGAUGGCGUGCGCAAGGAUGCUGCUAAAGCAAGGCGAUAUGGCGAGCGGGCGCUGAGCGUCCUCCGGCAGGACGUGGUCAAGGAGAAUGAUCCAGCUCCCAAAAACCAGAAAGUUCGAAGGAAGGAUAAAAAGAAGAGCAGGACGCAGAAGCCAGGCGAUGUGCAACUUUCAGGUUGCAAACACGAUCUGGGCAGAGCGAGCAGUCCGUCUUCGAGGCCUCGAUCGCCACGAAAGUCCGCAAGCCCAAGUCGCAAAAAGAGGCAGGCGAGCAGUUGGGUAUCUUCCGCCAGACCAAAGGCUUCGGCGAAACGGAGAAGAUGCGAUGGCGAAGAAGAUAAGUCUGCAAGAAGGUCUGAAGAGCUGCAAACUGCAGCUGGCACAAGGCAGUCGGAUGUAUCAGAUGAAGAAGAUGAUCUACCACCGUUGAUGCCCAGAGCUUCACCAGCUCCGGCCGUGGCUUCGAACGUUGUUCCAUCAGAAGGGCGACGCGUCUUCAACGCGCAGAUGGCAUGUGCCAAUGUCCGUGAGGACCAAAGCUCGGCGGCCGCAACUGCGGGUGCAGCUGUGGUCACAGUCACUGUGGUCACACCGCCAGAGGGGCCAGCGGCGGACAAUGAUACCGAAUCCAUGAUGAAGAGGCUGCAUGACUUGAUGAGCGACCUCCCCGACGUCCCCUGUGGCUCCAGCAGCUCGGAGGAAGAAACGCCUGGGUUAGAUGCGACCUUCAAGCUUCCAGAAACCUCAGCUGAUUCCAAGCCAACGAUGCCAGAGGAGUUGGAAAGGACCGACACUGAGGAGGCUCCCCAAACAGAAGGGCCGAUCUCCACUCAGCUUGGCAAGGUGACCGUCACACCGGAGACAGAGAUGCCUCAAGAGACUCAAGAGCUUUCUGAUCCCAAGCCGCCCGUCGAGCCCGUCGAGCCCGUCAAGGCCCAGGGUGAGCCAAGGCCUCAGCCUAGCCAACGCCCGCGCCGGCCGCGGCCCACGCGCCGCUUCGUCGAAGGGCAUGAAGGAUAUGAAGGGCAUGGAGGGCACGAAGGGCAUGAAGGGCAUGGCCAGCAAGGGCCGGUAACCCAGCCGGUAACCCAGCCGGUAACCCCGCCGGUGGCCCAGCCCGUGACAGAGGCACCUGCGCCUCCCAAAGACCCUUGGGACUCCGGCUGCUCCUGGCCAUCCGAUCCAUCCUCCUCCAAGGCAUCUGCGCUGGCCAGUGCAGAGGAAGCGUUUCCUCGAGAGCCAGCAAUGCUGGGCGAAGACAAGCGCAGACAGCGCAAAGGUUUUCGCACUCCUGCUGAAGGAGUGCUGGUGACAAAGAGCUCAAGUCAUCCGGCUGCCGUUGUCACGCUGGCCGACUUGACCGUUCGACAGGCCAUGGCAGAAUGUCAGUACGUGACGAUUCAAGACCAGAAGGUCAGAGUCGGGCCCCACAAAGACCAGGACAAUGCGCUCUAUGUUCAUUGGUCGAAGCAGGACUCUGCGAGGCUGUCGCAGGAGGUUCUCGAGGAGUACUUCCAUGCGAAGUACGAGGAGACAAAGCGAGCGCAGAAGGCAGCCGCAGAGGAGCGCUUCCGCGAGUGGCUCUGCAGCCUGGAUAAAGGAAAGGGGGCCAUGCUCCGAUACUUUCCUGUGCUGAAGGCGGAGUUCGAUGCGGACUUCUGCCAGCUCUUGUCAGUGAAAGUCGGUGAUGUGGGUGUCCGCAUCCCGCCUGCAAUUACCAUCAUGCUUUCGACCCUGCAAGGUGCCAUCGACCCGAUCUUUUGGGAGAUCUGUGAGAUGAAGCCUUUGGGUCAUCGCACGACAUUCGCCAAGGGGAUUUGCGAGCUGGCAGAGACACUCGCCCGAAGCAAGAAGCAGGUGUCCGAGAUGCGAGCGACGGUGGCGCUCGAAAUCCAGCAGCAAUUUCCGCAGGUGCUGGAAGAGGCCAUGCGAAGCAAGGCAGCUGAUCUGCAGAAGUUGCUGGAUGCGGGAGCGCAGGAGUGGAAAGAGAAGUACACCAUCGAGUGCGACAGAAGACGCAAGUUGCACAAUCUGGUGCAAGAACUGAAAGGCAACAUCCGUGUGUACUGCCGGGUUCGACCCAUGACGAAGGCGGAGGAAGAACAUGGUUGCUGCAUCAGCUUUCCGGGUCCUGACGAGAUCCAAAUCAGCAAUGCAGACAUGGGAACCAAGAAGACCUUCCAGUUCAAUGAGAUCUAUCGACAAGCUGCAAGUCAGGAAGAUCUCUUCACUGGAAUUCGAGAUUUGGUCGUCUCAAUGCUAGAUGGCUACAAUGUCUGCAUGUUCGCCUACGGUCAGACGGGCUCGGGCAAGACACAUUCCAUGCAGGGAACAAAGGACAAUCCCGGCGUCUACACUCGAACCUUCAAUGAACUCUUCAAGGUGGCCAAAGAAAGGGCUGGCUGGAAGAUUGAGCUGAAAGGCGCUUGUGUGGAGAUCUACAAUGAGGAAAUUCGGGAUCUUCUGCUUGGGCCCGGCGACAAGAAGCAGAAACUACAGGUCCGACAGGGCAAAGACGGCAACUAUGUUCCUGGAUUGACGUUGCAGCCGGUAAACAAUCCAGAGGAAGUUGAGAUGUUGCUUAGCACUGCUCAGACGAAUCGAACAGUUGCUGCCACGGACAUGAACCUGCAUUCUUCGCGUUCGCACCUUGCUGUCCAGAUCUUGGGGACAAUGACCAAUCCUGAUGGCAAACAAUUCUCCUCGGCCAUUACCCUGGUGGAUCUGGCGGGCUCUGAGCGUCUGGCCAAGUCCGGCGUCGCUGGGGAUCGUGCCAAGGAGGCCAUUGCCAUCAACAAGUCCCUCAGCGCGCUGGGAGACGUCAUUGCAGCACGGGCUCAAAAGCAGGGCCAUACGCCUUAUCGAAACUCGAUGCUCACGCACUUCCUUCAGGACUCUUUGGGCGGGGACUCCAAAACAUUGAUGCUGCUUCAGCUGAAUCCUUGUGGCAGCCAUGUUGAGGAGUCCAUGUGCUCACUGAAUUUCGGAGCGCGCGUCAAUGCGGUCGAGAUGAAGAAGUCCUGA